AUGGCUGGUGAUACCAAUGAACAUCAUCAUAAUGAUUGGGAUCAGUUGGUAUCAUGUAAAUUUAAAAAUAUUUUAUUAGAAGACUGUGGUAAAAUUAUUGGACGAAAUUUGAUACAAAUUUUACAUUUAAAUAACAUCGAUGAAAAAGCUAUAAAAUCAUCUACUAACGAUGAUUAUGAAAGUCUGUUUACACGUCGUGAAGCCAAUAAAAUACGCGAUAAUCUUUAUAAAGUACUGACAGAAGCAUAUACUCAUGUCUGGUUUACAAUUACGCAAGAUCCAUUUCAUUCUGUUGAAGAAUUAUCAAUAUCUAAGAAAAAUGUCGUAAUUCCUCAGGCUCCACCUAUCUAUCGUGCCCACUGUCGAUUUGGAUCAAUGUAUUCUUAUUCAACAUUCUAUUCACAUGGACCACAAGAUCGUGAAUUGAGACAGAUUAAAAUAACAGAAACAACAAUCAACGGAGCGAAAAUACCAUUAGCAAUUAGAAUUCAUUGGACGGAGCAAAUUACAAUCCGUAUUCCACUAGAAUCAAUUGAUCGACAAAAGAUUUUGAUCAACGCUUCGAAUAUCGCCAGACGUGAGGAGCAUAUCCAGAUUGUACUCAUGCUUAAAUAUGCAGUGGCAAUUCAUCAGGACCGUAAACAACAACAAUAUGGAAAAGAUCAACGUGUUUGUAAUGAUGAAUCCAAUGAGCUAUACAAAACGAUUUCAAAUAGUUCUGAUAUUCUUAUCCAAUUUACUUCGUCCGAACAAGCAUUACAAUUUUUAAAUCAAAUAACAAGUGAUAAAAGAAAAUCUGAAUUUAAUUUUGUUCUUCUUCAUUCUGAACCGUGGUCAGAAACAAUGACUACUCAACCACCACCAAACAUAACUCAUUUAAAAAAUCCAUCAUUCAAAAAAGCCUAUGGUCUUUAUGAAUUAUUGGAUACUAUGGGUUACGUAUUUCAAGAUAAAUAUCGGCAAUCACGUACAGUACAAAAUAUAUUACAUGAUCCUCGAGCUAAUUAUGAUUUGUAUUGUUAUCUGGAACAACAAUUAAUUGUUGAUCAUUGUUAUGGUAUUGAACGAAAGUUAAUUAAAGAUUACCAGGUUUAUUUGGCAAAGAAGAAAAAAGAAGACAAACAAACAUUAUCAAAAGAAAAUGACCAAUACUCAAUACCAUGUUGUACGUUGACUCCUCUAAGAACAAUUUAUCGUCAAUUCGAAACCAACUCUGGCAGUCGUGCAUUGCGACACUCACAGUUUCAGUCCACUAAUGAAGAACCAAAUUUUUUGCUUGUUCAUUUUCGUGAAGAAGACAAUACAAAAUUAAAAGAUUUUAAUGAACAAAUUAAACGUCGAUUGAAAUCAAAAAUGAUAAAUGGUUUGGAUUGUGUAUACAAAAAUUAUAAAUUUAUUGGUAGUUCUACAAGUCAGUUAAAAGAAUUGUCAUUUUGGUUUAUUUUAUUACCACAAAAUAUGAAAACAGUAGAUCAGGCGAUUGCCACUCUUGGUGAAUUUGAUGCAAUUAAAAAUUUGGCAACACAUGUAGCAAGAGUAGGACAAUUUUUUACAACAACAAAAACAGUCGACAUUAAUUUAACAUUUAUCGAUCAGAAUAGGCCAAGACAAAAUCAGUGUUAUUAUGCAUGUCAAAUUGAUGAUAUUAAACGAAACAAUUACUGUUUUACCGAUGGAUGUGGAAAAAUAUCGUUGGGUUUGGCAAUUGAAGUAGCACGAAAAUUAAAAUUAGAAAAAGACUAUAUUCCAUCCGCUUAUCAAGUUCGUAUUGCUGGAUGUAAAGGCAUGUUAGCGAUUGAUUAUGAGUCAAAUCAAAACGAUUUUUAUGUAAAAGUACGAGAAUCAAUGAAAAAAUUUGAUAGUCCACAUUGGAACUUAGAAAUAUGUGAAUGUUUAAAUAAUCAAGUUAUUCUAUUAUUGUCCGAUCUUGGAAAUGAAUUACCAAUAUUUUUAUCAUUACAACAACAAAGUUUAAGUCCUUCAAAUACAUAUUGGGAUCCGAUAAAAGAUUUGGGAACCACAACAAAUUCAGUAGUAGCACAAAAAAAGUCAAAUUAUGCAAUUGUGAAAGAAAAUCUCUUAAAAAAUCGUAUUCCAAUACCACCAAAAGACGGUCGAAAUAUGUUCGGUUUAGCUGAUGAAACUGGUCAAUUGAAGUAUGGUGAAUGUUUUAUUCAAUAUACUUGUUUAGAUGACGAAAGUUCGAAAGGAAAACUGCGCAUUGUGGAAGGCGAUGUGCUUGUCACAAAAAAUCCAUGUCUCUAUCCAGGUGAUUUUCGUAAAUUAAAAGCUGUUAAUGUACCACAAUUACGUGAACAUAUUCACGAUUGUAUUGUAUUUCCAGUGAAUGGUCCUCGACCACACUCAAACGAAAUAUCUGGCUCCGAUUUAGACGGUGAUCAAUAUUGGGUAUAUUGGGGCAAGGAUUUUCAUAUCAACCAUGUGGUCCCUCCAUUAACUUAUACAGCCACAGAGAAAACGGAAGUACCACGAAUCACCCAUGAACUGAUCAUUGAUCAUAUUGUCAACACUUUUGGUACAGCCAAACAAGGUCUCAUUUGUGAUAUACAUUUAGUUGUGGCAAAUAUUUGUGGUGUUCGAUCUGAAGAGUGUAAAAAAUUAGCGGAGCUAUUUGCACGUGCAGUAGAUGCCCCGAAAACAGGCGAAGAUGUUCCAAUGGAUUUAGUUGAAAAAUAUCGCGAACAAUAUGCUUAUCGUCAUGGAUAUCCACAGUACAUGAUGAAGUUUAAUCAACGAAUAUGUAGAUCUGAUUCAGUAAUGGAACACUUAUUUCUGAAUGGAAAAAAAAUUCUUUUUAAUCAAAUGGAAAACUAUUCAUUCUCGUCUUAUCAAAGCUCUUCUCAUCGCCAACAUCAAAGACCAGUUGAACAGGUAAAAAGUACAUUUAUAGUACAAGAAAAUGAGUCAACCACAAGUCAAAAUUCGUCAGCAACAUUGCAAAAACAAAAAUCAAGGGCAACACUCAGUAAUAAUGAAAUUCAACCAUUGUAA